AUGCUGUUUUUCUUUCUAGAGAAAGCCAAGGAAGUUGUCGUUGGUAGGAUCCCCUACGGUUACGAGCCGAUCAAAUGCAAACCUCCAUACUGUAAUCCCUUCGUGCACCAUACCGGAGUUGCGGUUGAAGUUGAACAAGGUGAUGACAGCUUCUUCAUCGGUGGUAUCGACUUCCCGCUCCCAAUUGGCCCUCUCGGCUCUGGUGUACGAUUCCCACUUUCUGGAGCUGUAGAAGCG